GGGGCGGGGCUCUGGCUCUGGGCCGGCCGCGGGAGGGGCUGGAGAAGAGGCGGCCGGCAGAGCCCCGCCGCCGCCGCCGCUCGCGCUGCCUCCGAGAGAGCCGGGGGAGGAAGCGAGGCGCCUCCUCUUGUCCCUCCGGGUCACCCCCCUCCCCAGCCCCUUCUUCCUGGUCCCCGCUGGAGAGGUCCGUAACGGCUGCGAAGGGGCCGGCGGCGGCCAAUGCGAAAUUGGUUGGUCCUUCUGUGCCCGUGUGUGGUCGGGGUCGUGCUGCACCUCUGGCUGCUCCUCCUCAGCUGCCCGGCGAGUGGCCCCGGGAAGCAGCACCCGGCAGGUCUACUGGCUUUCUUUCCUCAUUGGAAACCAAAACAUUAUGAUGUCAUCGUAGGGGUACUGUCUGCACGACAUAAUGAUGGGUUGCGGAAUGCUAUACGGAACACUUGGUUCAGGCAUUUGAAGCAGCACCCAGGACUGAGCCAACGUGUCCUUGUGAAGUUUAUAAUUGGUGCACAUGGAUGUGAUGUGCCAGUAGAAGAUAGAGAAGAUCCUUAUUCGUGCAGACUUCUGAACAUCACUAACCCAGUUCUGAAUCAAGAAGUUGAAGCAUUCAAUUUGCCAGAGGAUGACACUUCAGCGCUCUUGGAAGAUAGAGUUGUCAGUGUGCAUUUCAAAGUCCUUUACCCGAUUGUCAUCACUAGUCUUGGGGUGUUCUACGAUGCUGAGGGUGUAGGAUUCCAGAGAAACAUAACAGUGAAACUGUACCAGGCAGAGCAGGAGGAGGCUCUCUUCAGUGCUCGCUUUAGUCCAGCUAGCUGUGGAGUGCAAGUAAACAGACUCUGGUAUAAACCUGUAGAACAGUUCAUUCUGCCUGAGAGUUUUGAAGGCACUAUUGUGUGGGAAAGCCAGGAUCUGCAAGGCCUAGUUUCUAGAAAUCUUCACAAAGUGAUGGUGAAUGAUGGCGGAGGUGUCUUCAGAAUCACUACGGCAGGGGAAGGGUCAUUGCCACAUGAAUUUACACAAGGCGUGGAAGGGAUUGCUGGAGGCUUUAUUUACACAAUUCAAGAGGGAGAGGCACUCCUAAAAAGCCUACAGAGUCGCCCAGAAAGAUUCACGCAUCAUAUAAAUAAACUUGAAGAGGAAGAUGCCUUAUUGAAAGUAGAAAGCAACACUUAUGAUGAUAUUGUUUUUGUUGAUGUAAUUGAUACAUACAGAAAUGUUCCGGCCAAAUUACUGAACUUCUAUCGAUGGACAGUAGAAGCAGCUAGUUUCAAUGUAUUGCUGAAGACGGAUGAUGACUGCUACAUAGAUUUGGAGGCUGUGUUCAACAGAAUAAAGCUUAAAAACUUAGGCAGACCAAAUACUUGGUGGGGAAAUUUCAGAUUAAAUUGGGCCGUCGACCGCACUGGGAAGUGGCAAGAGCUAGAGUAUCCAAGUCCUGCAUACCCAGCCUUUGCUUGUGGAUCUGGUUAUGUAAUUUCCAAAGACAUUGUAGAAUGGCUUGCAAGAAACUCAGAGAGAUUAAAGAUAUAUCAGGGUGAAGAUGUGAGUAUGGGUAUUUGGAUGGCAGCCAUUGGGCCAAAACGCUAUCAGGACAAUCUCUGGUUGUGUGAGAAGACAUGUGAGAGUGGUAUGUUGUCCUCUCCGCAGUAUUCUCCAGAGGAACUUGCAGAGCUCUGGAAAGUCAAGGAGCGUUGUGGAGAUCCCUGCAAAUGUGAUGAAAGAUGAACACUGGCCAGCAGCAUGAGGAAACUGUAGUUUUCAGUGAUAACAGGAAAGGCUCUCAGUGGUUUCUGAAAAGAAUUUCCUUUCAUAAGACACAA